GGCACUGUUGACAUCACCGUUCACAAACAAGCAGACGAUGGAACAUUAGAGGAGUUGCUUCCCGCCACUGGAAGACCAUUAGGAGGAACGUCUGUAGAUAACGAGUAUGCAGAUUUGUUGGAAACAAUCGGAGGAAAAGGAGUGUUAAACAAGUUUAAAGAACGUUGUUUGGAAGAUCAUUUAGAUAUAUUCCGAGAAUUUGAAAUAAAAAAGCGUGCGUACAAUGGAACAAAAGUUAGAAUCAAAAUCCCACCCCGGUUUGAUAGGAUUAUUAAAGAAGACAAAACUAAGGGAAGUAUAAAACAAUCGCUUCAAAGCACUCAAUACAAAGACCAUGUUACUUAUACAAAUAAUAAACUUUCGUUGGAACCUUCAAUAUUUGAAGAUUUUUUCAAGAAAGCCGUAGAUGGCAUUUCAAACUAUAUCGAAGAUAUUUUAGCUAACAAAUCUGUUGGCGAUGUGAGGACCAUCAUCAUGGUUGGGGGCUUUUCAGAAUGUAGCCUUAUUCAAAACGCAAUCAAGACAAAAUUUUCAGCAUAUCGAAUCAUUAUACCUGAAGAGGCUGGGCUUGCUGUUGUUAAAGGUGCCGUCUAUUUUGGAAAUUUGGCAAAUGCCAUAUCCAGGCGUGUCUCGCGAUAUACGUAUGGGAUCCAAAGCUGGCCAGAAUAUACACCAGGGAUAGAUCCACCAAGUAAGAAAAUUAACGUAAAUGGAUCAAUGCGAUGCAAAGAUGUUUUCUUUCCCGUUGUACAUCGCGGAGAACAAAUUCCAGUAAGUUUCAGAAAGUCUCAAGUUUUUCAGUAUUUAAAACCAAACCAAAGUGAAAUGGAAUGUGCAAUUUAUGUUUCGGAUCAAGAAAAUCCACGAUUUGUUGAUGAUGGAAGUUGUAGACAAUUGGGUAUAUUGAAAGUACCAUUACCACGCGGAUUUGGUUCUGUGGAAAUAGAAGAAACAAUUAUAUUUGGUGAAACGGAUAUAGAAUUUGUUGCACUCCAGAUUGGGUCUGGUAAAGUACUGGAGACAUAAUUUGAUAUGUUGGACUUUAAAACUCUCCCCAGGUCGUGAUUCCGGUACUCUCACGGAAUUGUGAAUAAUUUCUCUAACAAGGUUGAGUGAACAAAAUACUUUCUGUUGAUUUAUAACUGCCUCCAAAUGUGAUUGUGCAAAUGUGUUCAACUCUUAAAUUCAACUCUGAGUUGGUGUCUGAUGGUGACAUUAUACAUAUAUUGAACAGACAUAUAUCAUGUAUUUCAUAUGAUUAUUUGUAUUAUUUUGUAUAAAGAUAAAAGUUCUUUUAAUUCCUAGAAA